GUGGUGCGAGAGGGUACUGCGUGAUGACGCGCACACACUGCGCUACAGCUACGCACCUCUUCGUAGCGACGUAAACACGUGCACAUCGCUGCUUCCAGGUUACAUUUUUUUUCACCAUCAUCCUCGCGCUCUAGCAUCACUCCCUGGACAACAGCAGCGAUGGCGGAGCCCCUAGCAUCGGAUGCGGCGGCCACAACGGACGCAGCAGAAGCGGCAGCAUCCCUGACCCCAGGCCUCUCUCCCGCAGCCAGCCCUGGCUCGGAGCCUCUAUCACUGGCUCUGUCUCCCACGGCGGACGGCUCCCAGCGGCUGCUCUUCUCCCACGACCUGGUCUCCGGGCGGUAUCGCGGCUCAGUCCGGUUUGGCCUCGUACGGAUGAUCCACGGCGAGGAGGAUUUUAACUCCGACUCGGACCUCGACGAUGGCGGAGGGAGAGGCGAUGGAGGUGGAGGAGGAGGAGGUGGCGGCGGAGGAGGAGGAGGAGGAGGAGGACGAGUCCCGUGUGGUUCGGACACUGAGAGCGGCGUGGACACCCCGAGUCGGCCUCUCUGUAGGGGAUUUGUCCGCGUCCAGUGGUACCCUGAAGGAGGAAAGCAGGACAUCAGGGAGACAAAGCUGAAACUUGAAGAUCGAUCUAUCGUUAUUAGAGACAUGGUGCGAAGAAACAAUUCUAAUGACAGCCAGUGUGGUAUUGUGACCAACAUUGACAUUGAGUGUGCAGUGAAACUAGUGGGGACAAACUGUGUUCUUUAUCCAGUUAACAGCAAAGACCUGCAGCACAUCUGGUCUUUUAUGUACGGCGACUACAUCGCCUAUGACUUCUGGCUGGGGAAAGUGUACGACCUGACUAAUCACAUUAUUCUCAAGCUCUCCAACGGAGCCAGGUGCUCCAUGAGUGUGGAGGACGGUGCCAAGCUUUACGAUGUCUGUCCACAUGUCAGUGAUUCGGGUCUGUUCUUCGACGAGGCGUAUGGUUUCUACCCAGGCCAGGUCCUGAUUGGUCCGGCCAAAGUCUUCUCUAACGUACAGUGGCUGUCGGGGGUCAAACCUGUCCUGAGCAGGAAGUGCAAGUUCAGGGUGGUGGUAGAAGAGGUGAAAGUGGUCGAACUGAAGGUGACGUGGAUCACAAAGAGCUAUUCUCCCAAAGGUUCAGACAGUGUCUAUCCCCCUCCCUCCAUCAUCACACAUGAAAAUCUCUGCAGGGUGAGGCGUCUAGGAUACUACGACCACACCCAGAGGCAGCUAGGAGAGAGGGCCCUAUAUGUUUUCCCUGCUCAGGGGGACGCCAAGCGGAUCACCUGUGAUGGACCCGAGGGUGCCCCUGUCUUGCCCGAAGACCCCGUGGUCAGAAAGUUGAAAAGGAUGUUCAAGAAGGAUUCGGGGAAGAAAACUGAGAAUGCCGAAUCACAAGGAGAGCACAAAUCAGAGCAGACAGACACUUCUCAUCCCAACAACAACAACGGCCCCGUGGUGCCCUUCCAGAACCCUCCGGACUCCCAGAACACCUACGACCCUUCAGCUGAACACGGAGAGCAGGACGCUGACGACGAGGCUGCAGAAGACACUGACGAUACCAGCUCUCUGACGUCAUCGGCCAGCUCUACAGCCUCUUCUCAGAGUGGCGGUCUGGGAACCAACCGUAAGAAGAGCAUCCCACUCUCCAUCCGUAACCUGAAGAGGAAGCACAAGAAGAAGAGGACCAAGUUUUCCCGCGAGUUCAAGCCUGGAGACCGGGUUGCAGUGGAAGUUGUAUCCACAAAGACCACGGCUGAUGUGAUGUGGAAGGACGGGCGGGUGGAGAAGGGGAUCCGAUCAAACAACCUCAUCCCCAUCCAGCACCUCGACAGCCAUGAGUUUUGUCCCGGGGACUUUGUAGUAGACAAACGACCCCAAGCCCUCCAGGACCCGGGAGUGUACGGUGUGAUCCAGUCUGGUGACCACAAGGGCAGAACAUGUGUCGUCAAGUGGAUCAAACUCAACUCCAGAAGCGACGACGUGGAGGUUUUCGGUAUGGAGGAGGAUGUCAGUGUGUACGACAUCGUCGAUCACCCAGAUUUCCACUUCCGCACCACCGACAUCGUCAUUAGAAUAUGGAACUCUGAGAACGGACAUGACUGUGAAAACGAUACGUCGGUCGGACAGGUGUCCAGGGUGGAUGUGAGCAGCAAAGUGGAGGUGGUGUGGGCGGAUAACUCCAUGACCAUUGUCUUGCCACAGCACCUCUACAAUGUGGAGUCUGAGAUCGAGGAGACGGACUACGACUCGGUGGAGGAGACGAGCAGCGUCCUGUCCACCGAGGAGUGGGAGGACGAGAGCGACAGCUGGGAGACGGAUAACGGCCUCACCACUGAGGAAGACAGCCAUGUCAACAAUGCAGACAUCAUCGACACAGCGACCCCGACCCCCACCCCCACUAGCUCCGCGACGUUCAUCAUCACCCCUCAAGAGGGCAGCAAAGCUGGGGUCACUAGCCCCACUAAAGGAGCCACUGGAGAGGAGGGAGAGGCAUCUGUGGCUGCUGCUAGUCCUGCUUCUGGAGGAGGAACCACUCCAGGAGCUGUUAAUGGAGCAGAGAAGCCCAGUAAAGAAGGCGCCUCUCGGGGCUUCAGGGAGUUGAAAGAGGCCCUGAAGAUCCUGGAGAGCCUGAAGAACAUGACUGUGGAGCAGCUCUGGACCGGCGGUUCUCCAACCUCUCCGACCUCCGCUGAACCCGCUUCAACAACUAAUGUAGCGAGUUCGGUGACGCCCACGGCCCCCGAGAAACCGACCAAGGAGAAACGCUUCCUGGACGACAUUAAGAAGCUGCAGGAGAACCUGAGGAAGACGCUGGACAACGUGGCCAUCGUGGAGGAGGAGAAGAUGGAGGCUGUGGUGGAGGCAGGGGGGAGUGGAGGAGCAGGGACAGAGUUUGUGACGGUUCAGGUAGAGAAAGCUGGAGAGGAAAAGCCCCAGCAAGAGCCGCAGACACCGGUGGGUGGACAAGAAUGGCCCAGUGAGUUUCUCAGUGAUACACCAGUACUGUGCCAACAGAGUGGUGGCAAGCCUGGUGUCACCUUUACUAGCGCCAAGGGAGAGGUGUUCUCUGUGCUGGAGUGGGCACCAGACACACACUCAUUUCAGAAAAUGGAGUUUCAGCCAGCGGAGGCAAAGAAAUUUUUCAGCACAGUGAGGAAAGAAAUGGCUCUACUAGCAACGUCACUGCCGGAUGGCAUCAUGGUCAAAACAUUUGAAGAUCGCAUGGACCUGUUCUCAGCUCUGAUCAAAGGGCCAACUCGUACACCCUACGAGGACGGUCUGUUCCUGUUUGACAUCCAGCUUCCCAACAUCUACCCGUCUGUGCCGCCUCUGUUUCGCUACCUGUCGCAGUGCGGCGGCCGCCUCAAUCCCAACCUCUACGACAACGGCAAGGUCUGCGUCAGCCUGCUGGGCACCUGGAUCGGAAAGGGCACAGAGAGGUGGACCAGCAAGUCCAGUCUGCUGCAAGUCCUCAUCUCCAUACAAGGCCUUAUCCUCGUCAAUGAGCCUUACUAUAACGAGGCUGGCUUUGACAGUGACCGAGGCCUACAGGAAGGAUAUGAGAACAGCCGCUGCUACAACGAGAUGGCCCUGAUCAAGAUGGUCCAGUCUAUGACGCAGCUCCUUCAAAAUCCGGUGGAGGUUUUCAAACAGGAGAUCCAGGAGCACUUUGUUUCUAACGGCUGGCGGCUCGUCCACCGUCUGGAUGCGUGGCUUGAGCUGAACGACGGUGCUGAGAGGGGGCAGGCAGCACACAUGUCCUCCAGGGCUCAACACUCCAAAGACAGAGCUUCAUCUGUGGAGCCUCUGGACGAGCAGCGUGGGGAGCAGGGGGUCACAGGAGUUACCAGUAUUAUGGAGGAGGAGCUGGAGGAUUCAGGGCUGAGUCCCUCCACUACAGUGGCCUCUCAGCAGGAGCAGAGCCAGAACUCAGACUGCGACAGCACCCAGGGGAGCACCUCUCUGAGUGGCUCCAUGGUCGCUGGCUCUGUAGUCCGCGGCGUGACGUCAGAAUCAGGUUCAGUCACGGUUAGCGGAGGAGGGGUGGGCUCCACAGGAAGCCAGCCGGUGGUGCGACCAAAGAAACGGAGAAAGAGCUACCGGAGUUUCCUGCCAGAGGGCAGUGGCUACCCAGACAUUGGCUUUCCACUCUUCCCGCUCUCUAAGGGGUUUGUGAAGAGCGUUCGAGGGGUGCUGCUGCAGUACCGAGCUGCACUGGCCGCUGCUGCCAUCCCUGAUCACACGGAGGACAAGUAAGUGCCUCCUCGCCGUUCCCCAACACUCCUCUGCACUGUUCCCUGCUCUUUUCCUCCUUCUCUUCUACCUUUUCAUCUGCCUCAAGCUGUAGAGGAGGAUCCAUUACUUGUUGUCUGGGGGGUCUUCCAGUUUUCAAUCUUCUGUACCCCUGUCCAGAGCUGCACUGUGCCCCCAGCACUACCCACACUUUUGUCCUGCAUUUCGUAGUCUGUACUGUUGCCCCAAACUCCACAAUGUUCUGCCUUCUCCCCAUAAUCCCUCUGGAUCAAACAAAGGCUGCAGGAGAACGGCACCCUUGAUCAGGAGAGUGAGCGGGUUCAGGUUGGAUGCGACUUGAUAAUGUCUUUGUUCUCCUUCAGUGUCUCUGCAGAUGAGUGUGAUGAAUAAAGAGGGGUGGACCUCACAUGCGCUCAUCCAUUUGCACAAACCUAUGGGAGCUUCCCCGUCACACAGGAACCCUCAUCUGUUCACAGACGCAGGUAAACACAGAGCUUUUACUGGAGGCCAUUUCUCUUCUGGUUUCAGCAGGACUUUGACUUCAGUGGAGGUGGUGUGGAUGCAAAAAGGAUGAAUGAGAUGGAAAAUCAGUGCCAUGAAUCCUCUUCCACCCUCCUCAUCCACCUAGCCUCCAGCAGCAUCCACCAUAUGUGUGAAGAUUUGCUGGAUAAACCAGCCUGAAAAAUGUAAAGCAGACUUGUGAUCGUCGCUGCAUUUUGGACAAGGUCAAAUAUGGCUGAAACCUGCAAAGCCCAGCUCACCUAGCUGUUGGGUCUACUGCGGCUAUCUGUAGCACAACUGAUAUUAUCGCUGCACCAUCCUGCACUACCACAAACGAAUGGACAAUCUGGUCUGGGAGAGGUGACACCGUAUAAAUACACUGACCAGGAGUAUUCUUUUUAAAUAGAAAUCACUGGUUGUACGCUUUCUGCCAAAUUCUCUCUUUUCACACACAAAAUAUUCAAGUAGAAUGUACUGAAUGUCAGUUAAACUGCCAACCACAACAGCUUCACCACUUCUAUACUGUACUUGCUGGUAUUUUCCUUCGCCAAUCACUCGCACUGAACCACGCAGCGAACACCGUGUGACAAGUUUACAUACGAAUCCCCUCUGGAGGUCAGACUGCUGUAGCUGUUUGGUGUGUAGAGAAGCCAGCCAGGCACAGGAUGACCGUUAGGUAGCUUCAUAUGAAGGUGUGUGUGCUCUAGUCAAAGCCCACAGCUGCCGCCUCUACAUAACAAAGUUCCAUUCAUUUUCUGUAGAAUUUAGCAAAGUUGUUUGAUCACCAAAAUGGAACUUGUGCUUUGGUAUUUUGAUGCAUUUUAAGUCGUUUUACUCAGAGGCUGAGGUGAAGGUUUCAGAGCGGAGCUUUACCCACAAUGCUCCACUUUUCUGUGACAGCGGUGAACCCACAUUACAUGCAACUGACACAAUUUAAAGAAUAAAUAGAAGAAAAAAAAACAACAACAUUACAGCAUCCAUUCCGUCAUCUCAUGUCAACAUGUUGCCUUACUUGAAUUGUUCUUUAUAAUCUCAGAUCAUUGUGUACAGAGCUGCUUGCGUCAUGCUUUAUACAUUAACCUAUAAAGGCAGAGACACACUGAAACCACUAAAGCCCUGUUCCAGUGUUUUCCUCUUUAAUAGUGCAAAUCUCUGAUCAGUUGUUUCUUAAACAUGAGUCUCUCACACUGCAGCCAUCGGUGUAUUCUAUACAAACUACAAUCAGUGUGAUGCUGAAGGUUUGCUGAUAUUAUAAUUAUUUUUGCUUGAUUAUUAUUUUCUUUUAUUUAGUGUUUUACCUGACUUGAGCGUCUUAUCCCAUGGAGGCGACUGCUGACCCCACUGGCGAGAGAAAAUUACACAAACUACAGCACUCAGACAAAACUUAAGGCGGUAUAACUGGUCUCUGAUCUUUUUUUUCUUUACAUGGCAUAUAUUCAAUCUAAAUGAAAGGAAUCAAGGUUGUAUUUACCAAGUUACCAUGAAGCUCUUACGCUGCAUUUAACUGUGAAAGAAAGUCAAACUCCCCUUUGGGUCCAAUCGUGCUUCCUGGGGAAAUCAGAGCAGGCUUAGUUUACAAUUUUUUUUUUUUUUUUAAAUAGCUGCAUUCCACCUUUAACAUAAUGCUCCUAUUUCGUUCAAUAUAUUAUGAUUCUCAUUGUAAUAACUAUUAUGAUGAUUAUAAGGGAGAGCACUGGCUGUCUGGUAAUUUACUUGAACAAAGAACCUUGAUGCUGAAGAGUGUUUCUGAAUGAGAGAGCACAUUGUGCCAUUGUGAAACUAUGAGUGAUGGGAGAGGAUAAAAACCAUGAGCAAAGAGCUGCUGUUUUAAAGAGACUUAAGAAAAUAAAGGUCUUGAAUGAGGGUAUUUUGUUUUGCUUUGUCUUCCAUUGUUUUCCCCAUGCAACAUUUAAAACUGGCACUCUGUACCAGAUAUGGCAAUCAGGCAUCCAUGACAUUUUGUCCUCUUCCUUGGAUUAGACCUUGCCAUCAUUGUUUUGUUGCCUUUAAUGCUACAGAGAAGGAUGUGUUGUCUUCUCCACUGGCUGCUGUAUCUGUAGCACGUAGCCUUGUUUGCUUUCUUGUCUCUGUUUGUCCCGCCACUUGCUGCUUUUUUGUAAAAUGUCACCUUCACAAUUCUUGGAGAAGUGUGUCAGAACUCAGUCUGAAGACAAACUGUAUGGACGAUGGUUCCCGAGUUGAGAGGUAACAUUACUGCUUCGUCUUUAACACUCUUUCUCAUUUGUCUUCAAUCGCAGAAACAGAAAAUGUGAAGUUAUAUCUCGCUAGAUCUCGAAGCAAAAAAAUCUGGCAGGAUACCAAGCACGUGAUGUGCAAUUUUCUGUGUAUGUGUGUAUAUUAUUCAAAUUUAAACCAUUAUUAUUAUUAUUAUUAUUACUAUUAUAAUUACUGCAAGGCGUUUGUUUUACAGCCAAAGCAUGUAACAUGUUGCUUUAAGCCUUUUGAACGGGCUACACACAAGACUUGACUGUAUGAUGUCUACAUUUUCACAGUGGCCUGUUGUUGAUAUAUUAAAAAGAAUAACUAAUAAAGUAAUGAUUUGUAGCCUGAUUCCCUCUGUACAGAUGUCAUGACUAUAUUGAAAUAUAUAAAUACAUACAGUAUAUAUUUAACACAUCUGUCAUGUCACAUAGAUGCUUGGGGCAUAUAUGUACAAAAUGCUGAGUGUGUAUUGUACUUAAGAUUUCAUUUUUUUAUGGUUUACUUUAUUGCGUUAAGACAACUGUAUAGUGAUGUAUUAAACUUUGCAAGCAGUAAAAUAGUAA